AUGGAAGAUAAAAAAGCUCAAAGUGUGGACGACGGGGGCGAAUGCGAGAGCAAAAACGAAAACAAUUUCUCUUUCACACCCACGAACGUCGAUGGUUCACCGAUUUUCGCGGAUGAUAUAUUACAAAACGACCAGAUCCAACUGGUAUUUCUGAUUUUCAACCAAGAUCUUCUCUUCGCCGAAGCUGACGACGGCGAUGCUUCCAGAGCCAGAGCGGCCUCGUCUUCGUCGUCGGCAUCCGAGUUGGACAAGCUCAAAGGAGUCCCGGAAGGAAUGUACGGCGAGUGGUCAAAGAAGCCGGUGGAGGCGGUGCUGGAGCUCCGUAACAAGAGCAAUUCCACGAGAUCUUUGAAGUUGUGGAGAGUCAGAGACUUGAAGCUCCGAAGCAACAGCGACAACAAAGACGUUUUUGUGUUCCUGAACCCUAAGUCGGCGGCGAGCCCAAAGUUGAGCCAUGGAUCGGCGGCGGAUGGGAAGAGCAGCACUAAGAUUCAAAAGACAGCGGAGAAAGUAAAGGGGAAGGCUAAGAAAGUCGAAAUGAUAUUGUCUGCGCAUGAGAAGAAUGGGGUUGUGGACAAGGACGAAGACAAGGACAUGGAGAAAGCAUGA